CCAGGCCUGACGUCACAAGGCACUCAGCCGCCGGCACCCCGCGGUGCGCACCCUGCACCCGGACCGGUCCCCGUUGUCCUCGCUGCUCUCCCGGCGCUCACCGCCAGGCGCGCGCGCGCGCGUGCCCGCCCGCCCCCCUCCCUGUCCCCGUCCCCAUCCCCGUCCCCGCCAGCAAAACACCGCUGAAGAUGGCGAGCCCGGCGCCAGAGGAGCACGCCAAGCAGGGAUGCCCAGCUACGGAGGAGCAGGAACCGCGACCCGGGGUUCCCGGGGAGGAGGCAGGGCCAGAGGGCGCCGGGCCGCAGGUGGAGGAGGCCGCGGGCAGGGUGGCCGCCGCCCUGACCUGGCUACUCGGGGAGCCCGUGCUGUGGCUGGGCUGGCGCGCCGACGAGCUCCUGAGCUGGAAGAGGCCGCUGCGCAGCCUGCUCGCCUUCCUGGGUGCCAACCUGCUCUUCUGAUUAAUAACUUGAGCAACGUGAAGGAUUUUCUUCAGAUCCCUGCUGGUCUUGGUUUACUCUGAAAACGAGCUGUGUCUUGUUGCUGUCUGUGGAUGUUAAUUAACUUUGGGUCUCCCAGUAUUGCUGUUUCUGAAGUUUAUCCCAGGUCUCUAUCCUGUUGUAAAGCUACCUUGGCCCUUAAAUAAAGAGGUUAUAUUAUGUUGUGCUAGACUGGGCAGGAUACCGAGUCUUAGGGCUGUGUCUCAAUUAUUUACUAAUAAGCAGCAUGUUUUAGAUUUUAAAGUUUUAUUUACUUAAAAAACACCACAGUUCUAAAGCUUGAAGGUACAAAAAUGUAAACACUUUGAAAAUCUUCUCUCUUUGAAAAUCUCUUUCCCACGCCCAUCCCAGCUCUCCAGCUUCC